AUCCUACCGUAAAGCAGGGAGAAGCCGAACUAGUGUUAGCAGAACGGAUCGUACCGUAAAGCAGGGAGUAGCCGUCCUACUGUCAGCACAACGGAGGCUGACGCUUCGUGGCCGUAACAACACCUUUGUGUGAUAAUAUCUGGAUACAGGGUCGGAUGUAGCAACAUACAAAGGAACAGCACCUGGAGGACUGCAGGUGUGGCGGGCAUCAUGGAUACAGACAUCCUACCGAAUCACUUCUACGAUCCGGCCAAAGCCAAGAUAUAUGCCAACCUCCGUUGGUUGUUCGCCAAAGCCUAUGGUCCCGACGGGCCAGAGGAUCUGAGGGAGCUGUUCUACGUGGACCAGUAUGAGCAGGAGCACAUCAAGCCCCUGGUGCUGCAGCUGCUGCUGUCGGGGGAGCUGUACUGCAGCGUGUGCAGUCUGAUCCUGAAGGGCUUCAAGACCCCGCAGUCCUCCGCCUCCAUGUCCCUCCACAGCCACCAGGCCGUCCUCAAGGCCCUGCUGAGGAGGGGCGUCCACGUGGUGGAGGCCGACGAGUACGUGUCCGACAGUGACCUCAGCUCGGCGCCCAUCAAGAUGAGUGCUCACAUCACGCUGAUAGACGCCCUGAUGACGGCCUACGCGUCGGAGAGGGUCAGCUCUGACAGGCCAGGGUCCGGCUCCGGUCGCUUCUCCAACCCCGCUGCCUUCAGCCAGGGGCCCCUAGACCUGGAGGGCACCCUGAUCUCCUGGAUCAACAAGGUGAUAGUAAAGAUGAGAGAGGUCUCCGACAGCGAGCAGAUGAGGAAGGAGCAUCUCAGGGACAGCUACAGUUACCAGACGUCCCCUUCCAAAUGGUACUGGACACUUGUGCCUGGGCGAUGCCGAGACUCUCCAGAAGGGACUCCUUAUUACUUCCCCCUGGUGGAAGACCUGAUGAACAACAUAUUCACUGCCACUGCUUUGCUGACUUUGAUCCACUUCUACUGCCCAGCUCUAAUACGACUUGAUGAUAUAUGCUUGAAGGAAAUCCCUCCCGUAGCAGAGGGCAUAUCCAACAUCCAGCUACUGAUGGCCUUUUCCAAUAAGCACCUAAACAGUGCUUUCUAUCUGAAGAUGGAAGACAUGCUGUACUGUCCACUGACUCUGAAGAACAACAUGAUGGCCUUCAUCGCUGAGCUCUUCUGGGUGUUUGAGAAGGUGAAGCCCACCUUCGUGCAGCCCAGGGAUUCUCAAGAUAUGAAAGAUGGGCUGAGAACCAAGCCCAGCUUCUCUGCCUGUGAGCCCCAGGAUUCCAUCCUGUCCUGGACUGAGAGGAGGAAGAGCCCUGUGUCGCGGCCCUUGUACCACGAGGAGCCUUACAGCCUUCACACCCCCCCAUUCGAGGGUGCAGGGUUCAGCCUGGCUCUUGGCAGCAUGGACCCCCAUCAGACUCACCAGGGCCACACCACCCCCUCCCUGCCCAGACACCCAGCGGGGGCCGGCCUCAAGGGGCUCCCGGGCCGGGCCAAGGCCCAGGGCUUACUAGGACACGUCUACAUCAGCGACGAAGAGAACGAGGCGGAGGAGGAGGAGCUGGUGGUGAUCAUCCACCCUCCCCUCGCUGCGGGCCAGCGACGGGACGGCGCUCCAGACGGCGGCCUCCCUCACGGGGCGUUCUCCGUGGACCACCCGGCCCAGGAGAGCUUCUACCUGGAGCCUCUAGUGCCGGCUGUUUCAAAGCCCGCCAAGGAGAAGAGCGUAUGCCUCAACAAGCAGGACGAGAGCGGGGAGUCUCCUCGUGGCCGGUCCAACGUCUACACCCAUAGCAGUCCCGCCCCCCGACGACCAGACAAGCUGGACACCGAGUCGCUGGACCUCCGAGCGCCCUCCGCCCUCAUCAGCCCCACCCAGUCGGAGCCCGAAGACAAAGAGGACAACCGCUGCCCCAGCCCGUGCCUCAGCACCACGUCCCAGGCCAGCAGCAGCUGCUGCAGCGCCUCCGACUCCACCAGCGUUCGCAUGACCACCUUCGCCGACCGAAAGCUCAAAAAGAAGAACUUGAGAAACUGCGGCUCCAGUCCGACCGGCAGCUCCCAGAAGUUCCCCCUCGACGAACCUGCCAUCACCUUUCCGCCGCAGCUUCCUCAGGGCGGUCCCGUGUAUCCAAGGGGAGAUCACAAGUCCAGCUGGCAGGGAAAAGAGUCCCUGGGGGGGUUUGAGAAGGAAGCGGGGGCCUGGUCCCCGCCCGCCGUGCAGUCGGAGCUGCUGCAGCUCCACAUGCAGCUGGUGGAGCAGCAGCGGGCCAUCGAGGGCCAGAAGAAGAAGAUGGAGACGGUGUUCACGCAGCAACGCCUGGAGCUGGGGAAGGCCGCCUUCCUCAACGUCAUCAAGAAGGGAGGAGGGAAAAGCGACACGUUGCCACGGCCGCUUAAGAAAUCCUCGGAGUUGUACUCUGACAUCUGGAGGUCGGAGGAUGGAAGGGGCAAGAUUCACCCCAGUAAAGACGACUCCUGCCUGGACGAGGUCCUCCUGAAGGAGAGCCUGGGCCGGGGACUGAAACAGAGUCAGGAGCGAAGGGACAAGAGGCUCCACCCCGCCGGCCUCUCCCACGUGGGCCCCGAGCUGGACGUCUACGGCUUCUGCUACUCCUUAGACAACCUCAACAAAUCAGUGAGCUCCAUCCAGCAGAAGAUCAUGCAGCUCUCCUUGCAGCAGAGCAGACUCAUGAAGCAAGGUGAAGCCACGCCCACACCCAGCUCACAAGAUGUAGGAGCACUGACCAAAGACCCCCCCUUUACUCCUCAAACCCCCCCCGCAGCCGUGAGCUUCUCCAUCGCAGACUUUGCCUCGCCCGACGACAGCGGGUUGGGUAGCAUAAACACUCGUUCUCUGGGUCGGCGUUGUCCCGCUGUCCCUUUCAAACGUCCUGCACUCACCAAGCCUACAGAGCUGAGACUAAACAAAGAGGACAGCAAGCCGGAGUCCGCCAAGCAUAGCACCAAUCAAACCACAAGCACACAUUCCCCCCCCGAGAGACCCAAGGAGCAGCCGGAGGACUUGGAACCUGUGAGGAGCCCCAUCAGGACCAGUCCCCGAGGCUCCACCUUCACAGUCGCCUGUGACACCAAGAGCCCAGCGCCUCGCCCUCGGAACAGGAAGAAACCCUCUCCGUCACAGCCCCCCCUCCCCGUCUCCCUGGUUCCAGACGGGCCGUUGGUCCUUCCUCCCGGGCUUCCAGCAGAAUCGGAUGAGGAGGAUAAAGCCAGCAGCUCAGAGAAGGGUGAUCCUAUUGAAGAGGAGGCGGACUCUGUCAGGAGGGACGUUAUGGAAGAGGACCUAUCAGAGCAGACCGGGGCUGACCCUUCAGACUGCCAGGGCAGUGAGCAAAAGAAUGGGCUGCUCUUCUACAAGCAUGCGGAGAAGGAGAUGGAGGAGGAUGAGAUGGCCAAGCGCCGCGCGGCCUUCCUUCUGAAGCAGCAGCGCAAGGCAGAGGAGAGCCGGCUCCGCAAGCAGACGCAGGAGGCCGAGAAUGAGCUCAAGAGAGACGAGGCCAGACUGAAGGCGGAGGAGGACCGCGUGCGCAAGGAGGAGGAGAAGAUCCGCCGGGAGCUGAUCAAGCAGGAGUAUCUGCAGCGGAAGCAGCAGGAGCUCCUGGAGGAGCAGGGGGCGGUGAAGCCCCGGCCCAAGCCCCUGAGCGCCCGCAGACCCCGGCUCAAGUCCCCCCCCCACCCUGGCAGCCUGCUGCCCAAGGCCCCGUCCAGAGACGAGCCGAGCUCCAGCCAGCGAGGAUCCACUCUGAGCCUGGCCGGUGAGCCAGACGACUUCCCCUCUGGCCGCUCCCUGAGGUCUUACUCCCGGUGUUCUGAGGACUCCUUCUCGGUCAUGAGCGUGGACUGGGAUAAGCGCUCCACAGCCUCGUUCUCCUUGACCGCAGACUACAACGGACCAAAGCUCUUUAAGGAGCCAACAUCAAAGUCCAACAAGUCCAUCAUCAUCAAUGCCAUCGCUCACUGCUGUCUGGCUGGGAAAGUGAACGAAUCACAGAAGAAUGUUGUCCUGGAGGAGCUGGAGAAGUGCAAAGCCAACCACCUGCUGAUCUUGCUGCGCGACGGCAGCUGCCAGUACCGGGGGAUUUACUGUUACCUCACCGACACGGAGGAGAUCAUCAAGUUCCUGGGCACCGGGCCGCGCACCAUCACCCGCAAGAUGACCGACAAGCUGUACAAGUACAGCUGCGACCGCAAGCAGUUUGGCCUCAUGCCCACAAAGACCCUGUCCAUCACCGUGGACGCAGUGACCAUCCACAACCACCUGUGGCAGGUGAAGCGCAAGGGAAGCCUGACCAUGAAGAAGUAAGGACACUCUGGUCUCCAUGACUACUGCCUGGCAGCCGCGAGACGGACCCCCUGCACGCCUGUUGACCAGGGGAGCUGAACAAAACUUGAUAUUUAUUUGCUGCUUUUUUGUAUAUUUUUAAUUUGUGGUUUUGUAAUUAAUGUGUGUGUGUGUGUGUGUGUGUGU